AUGGAGUUGAUGAAAACUCAUUACCAUCUCCAAACUCUUCAUGCAUGUGAAGGAUUUGUCAAAGCUAUUUUUGGUAAUGCAGCAGUUCAUCCAAUAUGGCAAGAGCGAAACGAACAAAAGGCGAAAUGUACAACAUUUAACCAAUGGAAAACUGAACAAUCAUGGCUAUGCUAUAGACGAGAAAUUAUGGAGUCACAAUUAAGUACUAAGUCCAAAGAUGAAAUAAAACGUAUUGAAAAUGAAUUACGUGGUCGGGAAGCUGUCCAACAAAUUUUGACCAAUCACUUCACUAAAAGAUAA